AUGAAGGAGUGCGAGACGGGAGGGAGGAACAAGGGAAACCGGGGAGGGGGAGCGGGCAAAGAUGUGGGGGAGAAAGUCAAAGGGGCAAGGGCUGAGACGACCAAAAGCACUGGAGGGAGCAGGAGGGGAAGCUACGGUGGGGCGGGAGGAGGGACUGGAAGAACGGAAGGCGGGGGAAGGGAUGAGGCGGCACCGGCGGAAAAGGAAGGCCGGGCCAAGGGGCGGACACGGGAACCAGGCCGAGAGCAGAGAGAGGGGAGAGAAGAGAACAGAGCGCUGGUGAGAGGGAGGCAGGGGGGUGCGGGGAGGCGGGCGACGAGCGGGAGGUAG